AUGGGGAUACCUGAAUUAUGGGAUAUUUUACGUCCUGCAUUUGAUGAAAGAAUAUCAUUAGAUGAACUAGUGGAUCAGCAUAUUAAAAAAUACAAUCGUACGCCACGCGUAGCAUUAGAUGCUUACUUAUUUAUUUUCCAAUCAAACCAUAGUUCUAUACCCGAAGAAGAAAAUGGGAGAAUAAUGAUACAAAAUUUUAUGUCGAAAAUAUUAGCAUUAAUAGGAUUAAAUAUAUCUGUGAUGGUUGUAUUUGAUGGUAAGUUAAAACCAGAUAAAUCAGGAAAUGGAGUAGCAUUAGAUUAUGAUUCAGAAUUAUCAAAAUUAAAACUAGCAGAAGAUGAAAAUUUCUCAGAAAAUAAUCCAUUUGUUGAAGAGAUUAAAAGAGUUUUGAAAAGUCAAAAAAUCGAAUUUGUUCAAGCAGUAGGAGAAGGUGAAGCUCAAUGUGCUCAUAUUCAAAGAUUAGGAAUUGUUGAUUAUGUUAUUACUAAUGAUGUUGAUGCCUUAGUGUUUGGAGCUACGAAAUUAUUGAGAAACUACAGUAGAUUUCUUGAAGAUAUUGGACCUUCAUCACCAGUAAAAAAUGGAACCUUGAAACAAAAAUAUUAUGUUACACCAGUUGAUAUGAAUCAUGUUGAAGAGAAAUUAGGUUUAACAAGAGAGAGAUUGGUGUUUUUGGCUUCAUUAAGAGGAGGUGAUUAUUCUUCUGGUGUCGCAAGAGUAGGUAAAGUCAAUGCUAAAAACUUAGCUUUAUGUGGUACUCCUUUUGCUAUGUUUCACAAUAGGCAAAUUACUAAAAUAGAAUUAAAAGAAGCAAAGAAAAGACCCGCUAAUAGUUUAUUUGAAGAACCUCCAGAUUUUGCUAAGGAAUUGCAAGAAUGUUUUGUUAGAAAAGAUGUUGUUUCAAUAUGUCCUUGGAAUUAUAUAAAAGAUAGAACAAUCAGAAAAAUUGCAUUCAAUAAUCUAUUACUUAAAUUAAAUCAACAAAUCACACCACCGAACAGACACAUUUUCGGAAGAAAUUUGAAUAUAGAAGAAUUAAAAUUUGAUGAGUAUUACGUGUUACUAUAUUUUUUUCCGUUUGUCAACAAACAUCUUCCAAUAUUCCUUCCCGAUACCCUAAGUUUUGGAGAGCUUCAAUCGGAUUUUAAAGUUGAUAUUACUAGCGAAGAAGAAAUGUUGAGAAAAAGUGAAAUUGAAAAUAUUAAAUUCGAUGAAGAUACUUCGUUCAUUGUGUUAGGUCUGAAUGAAUUAUAUAUUCCAGAUAAUUAUGAAUUCAAUAUAAAAUAUAUCAUUUUCAAAUUAGUAACAAUUAGUGAUAUUGUUAAAAUAACAAAUGAUAAAAUUGAAAAAGAUGUGGAAUUGAUGAUGUUAAAAUAUUCGAAAGAAGAAGUUACAAAGCUAUAUCCAAAAUCAACUGAAUCAAGGAGAGCUUUUGAUUCACCAGAAAAAACUUCAGACGGUGAAAGCUACAUAUGGGUACCUAGAUCAUUACUAAAUCUUCAUUGUCCAGAAAAAUUAGUAGCUUAUGACAAAGCAAAAGAGGCUCAUGAAUAUUAUAAAAAACAUGGUGUUUCAAGACAAGCAUCAACUUUAGAUUCGUUAUUAAAUUCUCCAAUUAAAAGAACUGCUUCAGCUAAGAAUUCACCAAAUAAAAAAUUAAAAAUAAUAGAUUUAGACCCAGUUGCAAAUCCAGUCUUCACUUCAGCUCAAUUACCCAAAAACUCACCAACAAAGUCUCCUACAAAAUUAUCUCCUACAAAGAAUAGAAAAUCAAAAAAAGUAGUUCUUGCUGCUGGUCAGCAAACUUUAUCAAAUUUUUUCAAACCACAUCAAAAACUCCAUGAAAAUAAUCCAUUUCUUGAACCUGAUGUUUAA